AUGAGGAUUCUAGCCUGGAAUUGCAGGGGGGCGGCCAAGCCGGCCUUCAUGUCCUCCUUUAAACGGCUAGUACAGCUCCACUGCCCUGAGAUUUGUUAUCUCUGCGAGACACGUUUGUCUGGUGAUGGGCUUGGUCGACUGAGGCGACGCCUGGGGAGGGACUGGGAGACCUACGCAGUCGAGUCCCAGGGGCUGUCUGGUGGCCUCUUGAUCCUGUGGAGACGGGGGGUGGCGAGGAUUGAUGUCUUCCACAACUGUUCUCAACAGGUAGUGAUGGUUGUAUCGGAACCUGAGGCGGACCCUUGGGUGUUGUGUGGUGUGUAUGCGAGCACGGAUUACAGGGUCAGGAGAACCCUCUGGCGAGAGAUUACCAACCUGCUAGCCCAGGGUAUCCCAACGGUGGCGGUUGGUGAUUUUAAUUGUAUCCAAAGUGCGGAUAAAAAAAGGGGUGGUGCGCCUUUCACUGAUAGGAUUGACAGGAGGGAGUUUCGCGACUUUGUGCAGCUAAAUGGCUUGGUGGACUUAGGUUUUUCGGGACCGCGGUUCACCUGGUGCAACAAUCAACCUGGCGGUGCUAGGGUCUGGGAGCGGCUAGAUAGGGCUUUUGCUUCCUCGGACUGGAUCCUUCGCUUCCCAACCUGCCGAGUUAGCCACUUACCCCGGAUUGCAUCAGAUCACUGCCCCUUGCUGAUUUCGACCUCAUCGGUAUCGGGUCACCAUAGUCCUUUUCGCUUCGAGAAGAUUUGGCUUUCGUACCCCCAGUCCUGGGACAUAGUUCGUGAUGCGUGGCGUGUUCCGGUGCGGGGGGAUGCGAUGCGGCGAGUCUCACGCAAACUCGAGCUGACCAAACGGCGGCUUCGCCGUUGGAAUCGCGAGGUAGUGGGCGAUAUCUUCCGGAGAUUGGAGGGGGUGGAGGAGGAGAUUACGGCACUACAGAGGAGUGAAGACCUACGGGGUGCUCUCCCGGAGAAUGACAUGACUCAUCUCCGGGGGCUUCUUGCGACGCACCACUCACUGCUACGGCAGCAUGAGACUUUCUGGCGACAGAAGUCUCGAGUCCAAUGGGUUAAUGAGGGUGACCGCAACACCAGGUUUUUUCAUCGGACGACUGUUAUUCGGCGUCAGCGGAGUAUGAUCCACUCACUGCGUGAUGGGUCUGGCCGCCGAGUGGAGGGUGAGCCUGCCGUUGGACAGGUUCUACUUGACUUUUUCCGCGCCAGAUGGACUGAGGAUGUAGGCCCUGGUGCUGAUGACCACUUUCCACGGGUUGAUGUAGGUAUUGCACAUGAUGAGAAUACGACCCUGGUUCGGCCGGUGUCGGCGGAGGAGGUGCAGGAGGCAGUCUGGGCGCUGGCAGCGGACAAAGCUCCAGGCCCGGAUGGUUUUCCUCCUUUCUUCUUUCGUAGAUAUUGGGGUAUCAUUCGGGGAGCUGUGAUCGAGGCUGUUCAGUGUUUCUUCACUUAG